UGGCAUUUUGUCCUCAGGACAAAGGUCAGUAAGGUGGCAUCUUUCUCUCACGGUUGCUACUUUACUUUCUUUACACUCCUCAACACACCCAACUCUCUGAAUCUUCCACAAAGUAAAAAUGGCACCUGAAGCGACGGAGAACAUGUCGGUCAGUGCCGGAAAAAUCUCUGGUGGUGGGAGAGGUUAUGUAACGUUCUUGGCCGGCGAUGGUGAUUAUAUAAAAGGAGUGAUUGGGUUGGCGAAGGGUUUGCGGAAGGUGAAGAGUGCGUAUCCUCUUGUUGUAGCAUUGUUGCCUGAUGUGCCGGAGGAGCACCGUCGGAUUUUGAAGUCUCAGGGCUGCAUCGUGCGUGAGAUUCAGCCUAUUUAUCCGCCUGAUAACCAGGUUCAGUUUGCCAUGGCCUACUACGUUAUCAACUACUCUAAGCUUCGCAUAUGGAAUUUCUUGGAGUAUAGUAAGAUGAUUUAUUUGGAUGCGGAUAUUCAAGUAUUCGAGAAUAUAGACCAUCUGUUUGAGGCACCAGAUGGAUAUUUGUAUGCGACAAUGGACUGUUUCUGUGAGAAAACAUGGAGCCACUCCGUCCAAUAUUCAAUUGGAUAUUGUCAACAGUGUCCGGAUCGAGUUAAAUGGCCAGCUCACAUGGGAUCUCCUCCUCCUCCUCCUCUCUAUUUCAACGCCGGCAUGUUUGUCUUUGAGCCUAGUCCUUCUACUUAUCACGAUCUUCUCCACACUCUCAAGAUCACUCCACCAACACCAUUUGCCGAGCAAGAUUUCUUGAAUAUGUUCUUCCAGAAAGUGUACAAACCUAUCCCUCUCAUAUACAACUUGGUUCUGGCCAUGUUAUGGCGCCAUCCAGAGAAUGUGGAGUUUGAGAAAGUUAAGGUGGCGCAUUAUUGUGCAGCUGGAUCAAAACCAUGGAGGUACACAGGGAAGGAGGCAAACAUGGAGAGAGAGGAUAUAAAGGUGUUGGUGAAGAAAUGGUGGGAUAUAUACGAUGAUGAAUCUCUAGAUUUCAAGCCUGAAAACUCUAACGAAGAAACCUUUUCAUCGAGGUCACAGAUCAUGGCUUCUAUACCAGAGCCUGCCAUUCCCUAUGUUUCUGCACCGUCUGCUGCUUGAAUUACCAUUAACUACAUGUCUUUAUACCAGAACUACAUGUCUUUUUGAAAAUAUUGUUUUUAAGUUUUUGGCUACUAGGCCGCCUUUCUUUUUUUGUUGAAUGGGUUAACAAACACAUAACUCCUUAAUAUAUAUUCUACACGAAUUAAACUUAUUAGCAAAUAGUACUGUAGUCUUGAAUAUGUGUAAUUUAGGAAUCAAUGAUCAAUUGAUUACAAGUAUAAAAAUAUAUAUAAGUUUUGUGA